GUCACGCUUUCCGGAUAUCUUGUUUCCGCCAAGACCGGUCUUGUUAUAUACGUCUGGGAUUCAGCAUGGCCGGAGCUGGUGCAAAUGUGGGUUGUGUUAACCCUUGUUGUUUUUUGAUGUUUUGAUACCUGUGAGGUGCCACAGCGAUUCAUUUACCUCUUGUGAAGCCAUUAUCAGAAUAAAGUCUUCAACACUACACAUGGUUUCGAGGUCAUUAAUCCGCAGUUGCACCAGUCUGGGACUGAGACUGCACAGUAAAUGAAUCGCUUCUACACGGAUCAGGAUCAUUCUACCUGAGGCUGGGCCUACCAUUCCCACUUCCCUUGGACAGUGGCGUGCGGACCAUACCUACCUGGAGAGGCAUCCAAUCCUGUCGGUUGCGUGGGACAUUGCGUUACAUGUCGAACAUUCUGUAUACAUUCCGUUACAUGUAGAACAUUCCAUUAUAUAGUACAAUAUUCUUGGACAUGAACUAUUGUCAUGUAUAACUGUUAAUAUUCAGUGGCUUUAUGCAUUUUCAAUUGUACGUAUAUGGUCAAACAAUUUGGUGCUACAGGAAUGUGAUAUGUCAAUAAGUAGGAUUGCAUUUUUCUUAAGCAUGCUUUGAAAAUUUGUGCUGUAAUUAUGUAGCAAAAUAAUGCUUGAGUAGAUAUUUGAAUUUUAUCUUGCUGCGAAUUUGACGACAAUCAUUUUUCUGUCAACUGUCAAUGUCACACUUGUGUACUGUGAAAGAAAAUUUAUUUUUUUCAAUUGUACAUGUGUACAGCAUUUGAAACAUUAUUGUGUGUACUCUGAAAUGUUUAUGCUCAUUUAGAAGGGUGGUCAUUUUUCGUAUGUAUAGAUUACAUCAUUUAAUUAAUAUUGAAAUGCAAAGAUAAGUGUAUUACAUUGACACAAAAUGGCUGAUAAAGACAGUAGUACUAUAAGCAGUAUUAAAGUAGAGGAUCAUGAUGAACUUCAGGGCAAAAGUAGAAUUAAAACAAAAACAGAAAAAGGCCAAGCCCUAUAUGAGGACACUGUUAGGAAAUAUCUUAAUAAUUGUGACGCUGUUUGGUCUGACAUUGAAGAUAUAACAGUGAAAGUUGACGAAUAUAGAUCACAAUCUGACUUUAAAUCUUUAAGACAUUUAGAUAGACAACUACAGGCAUUACAAGUGAAACACCGAGAGGAAUCCGAAGAUUUUGUGGCCUACCUUACACGUACAAACACUGUGGACAGUUUAUCGGAGUUAAGGAUUCAAGAACUUUUAAAGGUCAAAUGUCAGGACAUUAUAAGGGAAUUGUGUCGGAAAAUUCGGGAGGCGAGAAUUGAUGCCACAGAGAGACUGUCUCAAAGAGGCUCUGCAAGCCUACACACAAGGUCAGAGGUCGGAGAAACAUCGGUGAUGGGCAGCAUUCUGACACAGAAGAGGAUGGAGGUGGAGGCUCACCGAGCCAGACUACAAUAUGAAGCCAGAGAAUUAAAGUUACGAAAGCAAAAGGCGUCGUUGGAGGAAAUGGAAGCCAAGCACAAAGCAGAACAGGCUCGACAGAAGGAGGAGUUAGAUGCCGAGUUUCUCCUAUUAGAACAGGAACGCAAGUUCGCAGUAGCUGAAGCAGAAGUGAAAGCACUUGAGAACACAGGAAUGAACAGUAGGCGUGUUUCUCCAGUAUCGUCAUUGCUGGAAGAACCAGUUGACAAGACACAGCUAACAGCAAAGUAUAUUUAUGAGAGCUGCCCAGUGGAAAAUGUGGUAAGUGCUGCGUUGCCAGUAACCGUUGAACCACCUUUGACAAACCCUGAAUAUAAUGAACACAGAAGCUCGUUAAACCCUCAUGCAGCUCCCUUUGAACUUAAUGAAGUGAAACAGACUCAUGAUAGCAGUGUUGUUGGAGAUCUUACCAAGUUCUUGUUGAAGAAGGACCUUCUAUUUUCACGGUUUUACAAAUUCAGUGAUCGUCCCGAGGUCUUUGCUACAUGGAAAGCAAGUUUCCUUAGCAUAACGCAAGAACUAGAAGUUACGCCCUUUGAGGAAGUUGAUUUACUGUUAAAGUUUCUAGGACCGGAGUCAAGUAAGUUUGCUUCAAGCAUACGGGCUGCAAAUGCUGCUUAUCCAGAGAGAGGCUUAAAACGUAUAUGGGAGAGACUGGAGGAACGUUACGGGUCACCGGAACUCGUUGAGUCAGCCCUGAAAACCAAGCUGGAACAUUUUCCGCGAUUAACGACAAAGGAUAGUAAGCGGCUUUAUGAACUGGCAGACAUACUAGCUGAGAUUGAGGCAGCCAAGGAAAACCCGAAAUAUGCUACUCUCCUAUCCUAUUUUGAUUCGUCAUCAGGUAUUCUACCUAUAAUCAACAAGCUUCCAUACAACUUGCAAGAAAAAUGGACGAAUCAUGCUUCAACCUAUAAAAGGAAAUACGAUGUGUCAUAUCCUCCUUUCACAUUCCUAGUUCAGUUUCUUCAAGAAAUGAGCCGCAUACGCAACGACCCAGGUUUCCAGUAUGAUGGUCAGUUUAAACCAAAAAGUAAGGAGCAUGUGACAUCUGUUGCGAACAGUGGUAGCAAUAUCAGAGAGCGUGUGUCAGUGAGAACAAACAAGACUGAAUUUGUGACAAAGACUGGUAAAGAACUUUCGCAGGUUUGUGUGAUUCAUGCAAACAGUCAUACACCUCAUUCGCUUCAGGAUUGUCGUGUAUUCAAUUCUAAGAGGAUUCCAGAACGCAAGAAAAUGUUGAAAGAAAAAGGAAUCUGUUUUCGCUGCUGCAGUGCAAAACACAUGGCCAGAGAUUGUAAAGUGAACAUAAAAUGUAGUGUAUGUGGAAGUACAGAACAUUGUAGUGCACUUCAUCCCAUUGAUGUCAAGGUCCGAGAUUCGCACAAGGAGCAUGGCGGGGAGAAACUUGCUGUAGACUGUACAACAACAGAUUCUAUGUUUCCAGUUUCAGCCUCAUGUUUACAAGUUUGUGGGAAACAAUUUUCUGGUAAAUCGUGUGCCAAAAUGUUGCUUGUUAGAGUUUACAGAUAUGGAGAACGGGAGAAGGCUGUUGUCAUGUAUGCAUUAGUCGACGAUCAGAGUAACAGGUCGUUAGCCCGUAGUGAAUUCUUCGAUAAGUUGAACAUUUACUCUGAACCAAGGAGCUACACAAUAACUUCCUGUUCUGGUACAGUACCCACUUAUGGACGGCAAGUUAAUGGGCUUGUAAUCGAAUCUUGGGAUUCAACACAAACAUUGAAUUUGCCUACCAUCACGGAAUGUGAUAAUAUCCCUUGUAAUCGGGAUGAUAUAGCAACACCGGAAAUCGCGCAACACUACCCUCACCUUGUAGAUAUUGCGUCCGAUAUUCUACCUCUGAAUGAGGCGCCUGUAUUACUUUUGCUGGGACGGGAUCUGGUGGAAGCACAUCAUGUUUUAGACCAGAGAGUUGGCAGCUGCUCGCCUUAUGCCCAGAAGCUUCCAUUAGGCUGGGCCCUAAUUGGAGAAGCCUGUUUGGAUAAGGUCCAUGUCCCAGAUGAAUUCUGUGUAAAGAAGACACAUUUAGUUGGAGAUGGAAGAACUUCCAUUAUGCCUCCAUGCACAAGCAAUUUCACAUACAGUGAAGGUCAUGGACUGGGCUCCAGAAAACCAAAUGACUUUGGAACCUCACUUUUUGAGCGCACAGCUGAUGAUGAUAAACCGGGUUUAUCAAUAGAAGACAGAGAGUUCCUAAGGAUUAUGGAGGCGCACUGUAAACGGAAUGAAGAAGGAAGCUGGGUUUCCCCACUGCCAUUUAGAACUCCUAGAGAUAGAUUACCAGAUAACAGAGCAGUGGCAUUGAGACGUGCUAGGAUCUUGAGUAAAACCUUGGACAGGAAUCCUGGCAAGCGAGAUCACUUUCAUGCCUACAUGGAAGGGAUAUUGGAAAGGCAUGCGGAACUAGCCCCACCCUUGAAGCCCUCUGAGGAAUGCUGGUAUUUGCCAAUAUUCGGGAUCUACCACCCAAAGAAACCAUCAAAGCUGAGGGUCGUAUUUGAUUCUUCAGCAAAGUUUGAGAACACGUCAUUGAAUGAUGUCUUGCUCUGCGGACCGGACUUGACCAAUAGUCUUGUUGGUGUGUUACUCCGUUUCCGGAAAGAUGCAGUUGCUAUAGUAGCAGACAUUGAGCAAAUGUUCUUCGGAUUCAUUGUCGCAGAGGAGCAUAGGAAUUAUUUGAGGUUUAUGUGGCAUCGUGAUAAUGACCCCAGUAAGGAACUUACGGAAUACAGAAUGUGCAAACAUGUCUUUGGAAAUGCACCAUCUCCAGCCAUUGCCACAUAUGGUUUGAGAAAGGCAGCUAGUGUAGAUCCUACAACAAGUGAGAAUGUGUUAAACUUUGUGAACAAUAACUUUUAUGUUGAUGACGGUCUGCUAUCUACAACAACGCCUGAGAAGGCUAUUGAAGUGAUGAAGAAGACACAAGCUGCCCUAUUGACUGGUGGAAAUUUACGUCUCCAUAAAAUUGCUUCCAAUAAUAUGGAUGUUGUCAAUGCAUUCGCACCAGAAGAGAGAUCAUCAGAUCUAGAGAAUAUGGACUUAAGUGUUAUGGAUGAUGUUCCAUUACAAAGAAGCUUGGGUCUACAUUGGAGCUUGCAAAAUGAUUACUUUACAUUCCAAGUGAAGUUUGAAGAGAAACCCUGUACUAAGAGAGGUGUCUUGUCUACACUCCACAGUGUAUUUGACCCUCUUGGCUUUGUCGCUCCAUUUAUUCUUUUGGGCCGCAUGAUUUUCAGGGAGCUGAUGGACCUGUCUUGUGAUUGGGAUGAUCCUUUACCAUGGGAAUUAGAGAGACGAUGGACAGAAUGGAAGAAUAGUGCAGGUGAUUUAUCCUUCCUCCAGAUUCCUAGAAUGUUUACUUCCAUUCCUACCAGUGAGGCCACCAGGACAGAGCUCCAUGUGUACUCAGAUGCCUCAGAACAAGCUGUGGCAGCAGUAGCGUAUCUAAAAGUAUUUAGGACAGAUGAUGAACAUGAGUUGGGCUUUGUAUUUGGAAAAUCCAAACUUUCACCCAAACACGGACAUACGAUACCUAGACUGGAGCUUUGCUCUGCUGUAUUAGCAUCCGAAAUUGCUACUGCUGUAACCAGACAACUAGAUGUCCCAGUUGACGCUACAUACUUCUACUCUGACAGCAAGGUUGUCUUGGGAUAUUUGUACAACAGAACAAGAAGGUUUUAUACAUAUGUGAGUAACAGAGUAGACAGGAUACUGCGUGUUUCUAGAGCAGAGCAAUGGAAUUAUAUUCCCUCAGAGCAAAACCCAGCAGAUGUAGGGACUAGAGGAGUUCUGGCCAAGAAUCUAAAAGACUGUUAA